AAUUAAGAAGAUAUAAAGAGGGGGACACUUACCAAGGUAACAGCCCAGUCCUCUUGUCUUGUCUCCUCUUCUUAUAUCGCUCACUGUAAAAUCCCUCCCACACCGUUACAUUCAGCACUCAAUCGCAGGCUCCAUCAACCUCGCAUUUAUUGUCUGUGGAGGGUUUUCUGCUCAGAUGUCAAACAAUCCGCAAUAUCCAGGUUUACAGCCUCUUCGGCCUCCUAUUGCUGGUUCAGUGGAUCCUCCUCGCAAUUUUGUUCCACCUAUGCCUGUUCAAUUCCGCCCUGUUGUUCCUACUCAGCAGUCUCAGCAGUUCAUGUCAAUGCCUUCUCAACAUUACCAACAUCAACCUGUCGGCCAUGGUGGUGUUCCUAUGAUGGGUGUUGGAAUGCCUCCACAAAAUCAACAGCCCCAAUUUACUCAACCAAUUCAACAGUUGCCCCCGAGACCUAGCCCACAGUUACCACCACCAUCACAGGCAAUUCCAUUGCCUGUUGCUCGUCCAAACAUGCACAUUCCAUCAGAAUCAAUGAUGCCUCAGCCUGAUUCUCAAGCUCCAAAUGGGUACACACCAGGUUUAGGUGGUCCGGGAAUGCCACUCUCUUCAUCGUAUACGUUUGCACCAUCUACUUAUGGUCAAGUGCAGACUAAUUUUAAUUCUACCGGCCAAUUCCAACCUGUUCCUCAAAUACAUGCUCUCACUGGUUCUUCAUCCCACAGCAUUACCACUGGUGCAACUCUUCAGAGCAAUGGUGGACAACCUCCAGUUGCACCUGUCACAUCUUCGGGUGCCAUUGUCCAGCCACAGCUCUCUAAGAAUGGCUCCACAGAUUGGAUUGAGCAUACCUCUGCUACUGGAAGAAAAUUUUAUUACAAUAAGAAGACUAAAGUAUCUAGCUGGGAGAAGCCUUUUGAAUUGAUGACACCUAUUGAGAGGGUAGAUGCAUCAACAAACUGGAAGGAGUAUACUAGUCCUGAUGGAAGAAAGUAUUACUACAACAAGGUCACAAAGGAAUCUAAGUGGUCAAUUCCUGAGGAACUGAAGUUGGCCCGUGAGCAAGUUGAAAAAGCAAUUGUCAGUGGAACACGUCCUGAAGCAUUACUGAAUUCUCAUACUCAACCCUCUCCGACACCUUCUGUGACUGAAGCAACACCCAAUGCAGAUAAUUCAUCUUUAACCAGUCAAGGAGAACCAUCAAGUCCUGUCUCAGUUGCUCCAGUUGUUACUACGUGUAUAAGUAAUCUACAGUCUGCGAUGCCUUCUGGACCAUCUACUUCUCCAUCUGCAACCCCUAUAGCUGGAACAAAAGUGGAUGAACUUGAGGCUCCUGUAAAUACUGUCACACCAUCAGAUACUAGUGUGGGAAGUGAUAAAGCUGUUGUUACUGAUAUUAACACUGCUAGAACACCAAUGAAUGAUGCUAACAACGAUUCUUCUCAAGAUACUCUAGGUUCUGCAGAUGGAGUUCCUGCAGAAGACAAAGAAGAUGGUAAAAAUGAUACAAUUGGGGAGAAAAGUAAUGAUGUGGCUGCAGAAACAAAGGCAGUUGAGCCAGAAUCCCUAGUUUAUGCAAAUAAGAUGGAGGCUAAAGAUGCAUUUAAAGCGCUCUUGGAGUCUGUAAAUGUUGGAUCUGACUGGACUUGGGAUCGGGCCAUGCGUGUAAUAAUUAAUGAUAAAAGGUAUGGUGCCUUAAAAACACUUGGUGAAAGGAAGCAAGCUUUCAAUGAGUACUUAAAUCAAAGGAAAAAACAGGAAGCGGAAGAAAAGCGUACGAAACAGAAAAAAGCACGGGAGGAUUUUAAAAAAAUGUUAGAAGAAUCCACAGACUUGACUUCAUCCACUAGAUGGAGUAAAGCAGCAUCUAUAUUUGAAAAUGAUGAACGUUUCAAGGCUGUUGAACGUGACAGAGAUCGCAGGGAUAUGUUUGAAAGCUUCUUGGAGGAACUUCUGAACAAGGAAAGAGCAAGGGUACAGGAGGAACGAAAGCGAAAUAUAAUGGAAUACAAAAAGUUUUUGGAAUCUUGUGAUUUUAUAAAGGCCAGUACACAGUGGCGAAAAGUUCAAGAUCGCUUGGAGGCUGAUGAGAGAUGUUCUCGUCUUGAAAAAAUUGACCGCUUGGAAAUAUUCCAAGAUUAUUUACGUGAUUUAGAAAAGGAAGAGGAAGAGCAGAAGAAGAUUCAAAAGGAAGAAUUGAGAAAGACAGAACGUAAAAACCGCGAUGAAUUCCGCAAAUUAAUGGAAGAACAUAUUGCUUCAGGCAUUCUUACAGCAAAAACUCACUGGCGUGAUUAUUAUACAAAGGUGAAAGAUUUACAUGCUUAUAUAGCAGUUGCAUCAAACACCUCAGGUUCAACACCAAAAGACUUGUUUGAAGAUGUUGCUGAAGAGCUAGAGAAACAAUAUCAUGAAGAAAAAAGUCGAAUAAAAGAUGCAGUGAAAUUGGCUAAGAUCACAUUAUUGUCAACCUGGACUGUUGAAGACUUCAAAUUAGCUUUAUCAAAAGACAUUAGUUCUCCACCAAUAUCUGAUUUCAACUUAAAGCUAGUGUUUGACGAGCUACUUGAACGGGUGAAGGAGAAAGAGGAGAAGGAAGCUAAGAAGCGUAAACGUCUUGCAGAUGAUUUCUUUCAUUUGUUAUAUACUACCAAGGACAUUACUGUGUCUUCAAAGUGGGAGGACUGUAGACCACUUGUUGAAGAUAGCCAAGAGUUCAGGUCUAUUGGAGAUGAGAGCCUUUGCAAGGAAAUAUUUGAGGAGUACAGUGCACAACUAAAAGAAGAGGCAAAAGAGAGUGACCGGAAACGGAAAGAAGAAAGAGCAAAGAAGGAAAAAGACAGGGAGGAAAGAGAAAGAAGGAAAGUGAAGCAAAGAAGGGAAAAAGAGGGAGGGCGUGAAAGAGGGAAAGAUGAGGCGCAUAAGAAGGAUAAAGCAGACAGUGACAGUAUGGAGUUAACUGAAAUCCAAUCCUCCAAAGAUAACAAAAGGUCUGAAGAUGAUAAUAGAAAACAAAGGAAGCAGCGUCAAAGUCCCGAGCAAGAAAUGGAUAAGGAAAAGACUAAGAAAUCUCAUGGUCAUGGUACUGACCGCAAGAAGUCAAGACGUCAUUCAUCCAGUCAUGAAUCAGAUGAAGGACGGCACAAAAGACAUAAGAGAGGCCACCGCAGAGAGGGUGAUCAUGGAGAUCUUGAAGAUGGGGAAUUUGGUGAUGAUGUGGAUAGAUGGUAGCCAUGUUAAUCUAUCCGAAUUCCUAUGAUUACCUUUUGUUUAGCUCAAUAUGUAUUAUUUUUCAAAAACAAAAUUAUUAAAAUAUCAAUUUUAAGAGAACUUCCUUGUAUUCUAAUGUUUUGCACUGAGGAAUUUGCUACUAGAAUGAAAGGUUAAGUUCACACA